CCAGGCGAGCGCCGCGGCGGCAGCGGCGGGGCCUCGCGCGCGGCAGGGCGGCCUGGGCUUUGGCCUCCCUCCGGUUCCCUGGAAGCGGGCCGGUGAGCAGCAACGCGGGAGCGGCAGCAGCAGAGGCGGAGGCCCCGGCGCGCGUCUGUCUCCUUCGGCCUGAGCCCGGGGCGGCCGGGCGGCGCGGGGGACUGGAGGGGGUCCGCUGCCCGAGGAUGGGAAUUCUCUUCACCAGGAUAUGGAGACUGUUCAAUCACCAGGAGCACAAAGUUAUCAUUGUUGGGUUGGAUAAUGCAGGGAAAACAACCAUUCUUUACCAAUUUUCUAUGAACGAAGUUGUACAUACAUCACCUACAAUAGGAAGUAAUGUAGAAGAGAUAGUGAUCAAUAAUACACGUUUCUUAAUGUGGGAUAUUGGUGGCCAAGAAUCUCUUCGUUCUUCCUGGAAUACUUACUAUACUAACACAGAGUUUGUAAUAGUUGUUGUGGACAGUACAGACAGAGAGAGGAUUUCUGUAACUAGAGAAGAACUCUAUAAAAUGUUAGCCCAUGAGGACCUACGAAAAGCUGGAUUGCUGAUUUUUGCUAAUAAACAAGAUGUUAAAGAAUGCAUGACUGUAGCAGAAAUCUCCCAGUUUUUGAAGCUAACUUCCAUUAAGGAUCACCAGUGGCAUAUCCAGGCAUGCUGUGCUCUUACCGGCGAGGGAUUAUGCCAAGGACUUGAGUGGAUGAUGUCACGACUCAAGAUUAGAUGAUCUCUACUGUCCUCUUCUCAUGAACUUUGUAUAAAUGAAGUGCUGGACUUUACCUGAAAGCUGCAAAAAUUAAUGGUUUAGAUAUAUUUAUAAUAAACUUUCAAACUUUUUCUAUAAGAAGAAAAUUAAGACCACUUAUUUGAAAACAAAGAUGAAGUUUCACCUUCUAAUUUUCUUUCUCAUUAUUUCCUUCCAAAGUAUGUUAUUAAACUGUGAUUGACAUUUUUCUCAAUGAAUCCUUUCAGGACAUUGUAGAGCCUGUGGUAAGUACAAAGGGAGAGGAAGACAUUUUGAACUUUUAAGAGAUUUAUUAUCAGUAUAAUACUCCCUAGUUGAUUUUACUCUCUUCUUGUUCCAUUGUGUUAAAAUACAAAUCACAGAUGCUGUUUCCAAUUUUUUUAAUGUAAUACUACUUAGGAAAAGUAUUUUGUUUAGGGCUGUGUAUGUAUGUAUACCUCAAAUUCAGGUUAAUGUCUUGAUUUAUAUUCUGUAGAAAAGAAAAUAACACAAAAAUUAAUAUUCUUGGAUAAGUACUGGCCUUGGUAUUCAGAGCCAUUUUGUACUUUUCCCUGUGUUCUCUGUAUUGUACUAACCAGCUUUCCCAAAUCAUUGAGCUGCUCUUAAAAAAAACAAGAACCCUUGAUAUUGUGUACCUGCUUUUUGUUGAUCAACAAUACAUGGAAACAUGUAAUCCAACCAAGAGGAAUAUCAGUCAGAGUCUUGGCUUAGUGUUACUAAUGGGCAGAAUUGCACAGUAAGCAAUUACCAGGUUAUUCCUUUUGUUCGUUCUUACACCAUCUGAAUUACAGAAUGAACUUUUAAUUAGCCAGUCAUAAUUGUGAUUAAAACUACCAAGUUUUUUUCCUGAUUACAAGCUAUUGUCUAUCCAUGUCUAUCCAGAAAGGUAGACUUCUAUAAAUAUUAUUAAAUAGUUUAACUGCAGUCUUUUUUUUAUUAUUAAGCUAGAUGUCAAGCAGUUAAAAUGGAUUUGUGAGUAUAAGGCAUCUGCCAAGCAACAUUGAUCAUUUCUUAUUUCACAAAUUUCUUAUUUUAGUAGUUGGGAUAGUUUGAGACUUUUUUGUUCCUUUAAGUUUUCUUGUAUCUUCUGUAAUACAAAUGCAAUGUUUAACAACUGUAAAAUAUGAAUGUUUUUGAAUGAUUUUAAGAAUUUGAUUGAAAAGUUGACUGACUUGUUAUUUGUACUAGGAAAUAAGUUGAACCCAAACACUUUUUAUAUUUGCUUAGCGUUUUUUUCUUUUUUUAAUCUGAAAGUUGAACUUCUGUUAUGACUAGAAAUAGAAUUAUCCUAUAUUAAAACAUACACUUGAAUAAUCUA